AUGAGUUUUGAUCUACCCUCCGUUGACGAGAUCAAACGCUCCGCCGAGGUCGGUCAGCGCAUCACCCCCGAAGAUGUCUCAGUGAUAGCACAAGCGGAGAGCGAGUUGACCGGGAAAGGGCCAAUACGGGGCGGUCCUGCCGCCAUGAAGAAUCCAGACUCUGCGGUUCUAACGAAGCCAGCAACUGCACAAAGUCUGGCGAUGAGGCAGAUGAACUUCGACACGAAACUAGAUGAAAUCUCAAGGAAGCCGCAGAGUCACAUUACCCAGGAAGAUGCGCGAGAGAUUCAGGCGACGGAGGGCCGCGCAUUCAAUAAACCGCCCGGUGCAGGCUCCGUCGCUGCUCAGGUCCGCUCCAUAGCGAAUCGGAAUGAGGCCCUGGGGCUACCGCCGGUCAAUGUGGAUGUUUCUGUCUAUGUGACCAAGGACGAUGCACGGGAGGCUCAGAGCGCCGAGGCGUCUGUGUAUGGAGGACAGAACCCGGCGGGCGGAAUGGCGGCCCAGAUGCAGGUAUGUAACUACGAUGAGGCGUUAGCAACGCAUCUGGCCUCAGAAAUAACCCUGGUCCCAGAGUGCAGCCGAUAA